UUCGAUACGAUUUUACAGCUGGAAGUUCCUUCACCCUGGGUUGACGCCUCUCUGCCACCAAAAAUAUUAAAAAUUUAGUUUUUGCUCGUGCCAAUUCGUGUUUUGUGACUUUCACGUCCGAAAUGGCAGACUCCAAGUAUGCCGAUCUCCCAGGAAUCGCGUAUGAUCAACCUGACGUUUACGAAACCGAGGACUUGCCUGAAGCAGACCAAAACCAGGACAUUCAGGAGGAAGAAAACGAGUUCAUUGAGAAGCCCAAUCUAAAUGUCGAUUCGGCUUUUGGUAAAUUUCGAGGAAAAAUUUUGUUUUCUGAUCGCGUUGAUUUCUCAGACAAACUGAGCAGACACCCCAGAACCGGAUACGAUGCAGUGUCCGUCGAGUAUGAAGUGGUUGGGCGUGGAGAGAAGGAAACGCCUAUUCAGAAGUUCCAGAGGCUGCAGUGCGAAAUCACCGAGCUUGCCGAGGAAAUAAACCAAUUGAAGGGAUCUGCUAAGGAGGAUAAUCAAGCCGUACCGUCAGCCACGAACGUGCAAGGCUUAUCGCAGCAGCUGACAGAACUGCGGCUGGAGGAGCAGCUCGGUUCAGAGCUCGUGGCCAGCUUGGCUGAUCCUCAGGGCGCUGAGUUGAGGAAACUGUUGGCCCAGAUAGAGCUGUCAAAAUCGACAGAAACAGCUGGUGGAAAGAAGGCUGGCAGCAAUUCCAAGGGCUUGGACAAUUCCUCGUAUGAAUUGCACUUCAGACCUGAGCAGAUGAAGCUGCAGCAAACGGCAAGGGUUGCGCAGCUGGAGCAGAGACUGCACGCUCUUGAGACUGCAGUUGGCGACGUCCCCAAUAAGAUGAGCCGACUUUCGACAGAUACAAACAACAUGUCCUUGUCGGCCGCUGUGCAGUUUUUGAGCAGGAAGGCAACUCUGCUCGACUCCGCACAGCUGGACCACAUUGAAGGCCGCCUCACUGCCCUGUCCACCAAGAUGAACCAGUUGGUCGAGCAAAGCAGCGCAUCCAAGGAGGAGAACGAGCAGGACAAAAAGGUCUCGGAAAUGUACGAUCUGAUUGUCAAAUGUGAGCAACUCACCGCAGCUCUUCCCGAAAUCGCAAACCGACUGGCAGCUGUUCAUUCCCUUCACGAGCAAGCUCUGACUUUCAGCAAGGCAUUGGCGCAGCUGAGUGCCCUGCAGGAGCAAAUCACGGCCAGCCUGAAUGGCAACGAGUCGCAGCUGAAGGAGGCGCAGAAGGCGUUCGCGCAGAACAUGGAUGUGGUCAAGAAAAGCAUGGAGGGCCUUGACGCGCGCAUUGCCAGCCUCAAGAAAAAGUGAUCCUUCGACAUUGAAGACUUAAUUUAUUAAAUCAGCUUUCGAUAUAUACUAUGAAUUUAUAAUUUCAUUUAAUAAAAUUAAUAUAUUAGAGCACUAAA